AUGGAUACCCUGGACAAAGACUUCCUUUGUUACUGUUCGAGCAAAUCGAAUUCCCAGCUCAAGGCCAGAAUACAAAAACUAGGUAAUUAAAGGAACGCCGAUCACGUUCGAAGGAGAGUUACAAAAAGCGGGAAGGGGAAAAUCAACAGAAGCCAAAUGUAGAAGCACUUGUGAGGAGGGCGUGGAGAAUUCCAAGCGCUGACCAGCUGGAUAUAACAAAAUGUUUGCACCUUCCUUACCUUUCCAUUCCAGCGAGUGCCCGUGCCUAGAGGUGAGUGCUUAAACGCCAUCCACGGUUACAUCAGGUAUCAGUUCACACGCGUUUCCGUGGGUGUGUUUCGGCAGCGCUUCUGCCCGUUUUGUAAUCUUACUCCAACGAGUGGCCAAGAAGGCUUGUUAAUGGUAUUGUUCGGACGGAGUGGAACCCCGUUUUUUUCACCAUAGAGUCCGUUCAUUCCGACUUGACAUUCGAGUCCCUUUCGUGGCUUCGCCAUUGUGAUUCUGCCCUUCCCAUCUCCUCUUAAUCCAGGGAGUGGCUCUGUCGCGGACAGUGUGAACACACCACCUCCGGUUAAACCAAGCGUCGGUCCACAAGCGCUUCCCUGUGCGUGCUUCGAGCUCUGCAUACGUUCUCUUCCUUUUCCUAAAUUAGCGAGUGGCCAAGUUAGGUAUAAUAAAUAAAAUUGUUUUAGGAAGGCAACCUUGUGGUAUCAAUCAAGUAGGGCUGCAAAACCAAACUCCGCGGCGAUUCCUUUUAUUCAAGUAACCAGCAUGAUGAAAGAAAAUGCUACCAGCCUAACAAUUGAGUUUUACUCCUACUUGAUUCGUAGUCAUUUUUGUUUUCAGAAAUUCUCACUCAUAUGAGUACUGUAGAAUUCUUGGGCAAUUGAUUCUCGUGUAUAAGCCAAGACAGAUUUUGGUGUACAUACGGUACUAUUGAUAGAAUAAGCUAAUAAUACAAAACGCACAAACCUCAACAAUGGAUACCCUAGACAAAGAAAUCCUUUGUUACUGUUCGAGCAAUUCGAAUUCCCAGCUUAAGACCAGAAUACAAAAACAAGCUAAUUAAAAGAACGCUGAUGAUUCUCGAAAAAGGGUUACAAAAGGGGGAAAGGGGAAUGUCAACAGGGGCCAAAGGUGGAAGCACUUCCGAAGAGGACGUGGAGAAUUCCAGACGUUCACUAGCUGGAUACAACACCACCCACCAAUUCUCCACGUCCGGCUCUUGAGACCAACCUACGGGUUUGGAGGUAUACGGCUGCUCCGAUCCUAAAGUAGACAAAUGUUUCAAACGUCCCUUUUUAGGAGACCACCCGCCGUUCUAAUAUAUAACGUCCUAACGAGACCAUUGCGACUCUUUCCGUACGUAUCUAUUACUCCCAAAGGCCAAUUCUCACUAGAUAUGCGCUACCCAGAACCUAACACAACAUCACCUGACUUCAGUACCGCGGUUUAGAGACGGCUAUGAGGGGUGCAACACGUGCUUUCGAAUAAAAGAGCGACCAAUGUAGAUUUCCUGUGUCGUUAAUAAAGCGAGCAUAUGCUACUGUACUGUAUGCUAAUUCCUAGGCAUCGCAAAACACGUGCUGUUGGACUCGCAUCGGAUCGCUGAUAUCUUUGGGCUUUAGACAUCGGGUUAGCUGAAAAGUCUUCAGGUUCCGUAAAUUAGAUAUCCAGUUUUCCCAACAAGAGCUCUCGAUGCCAGAUGGUUGUUCAUCCCAAUUCAGUCCGUUUUUUGCAUAAGGAUUGCAGUAAGCACUUCCCUACUAACAGCCAAGAUAAAACGAAGCCCAGAGGAUCAUAAAGUGAGGACAAACAAGACAAACUGCCCCUACGAGUGAACGGUUUUGUGGGCAUAUUGGACCCUAUCAUCAGAAUAUCGGAAUGCGUCUCCCACAGCAGGCCUAACGUUCGUUCAGUAGGUAGGGGGUUGACGGCAAUAUCUCGCAUACCAGAAGAACGUUCAGUCGCAUUAACGACCGAGAGUAUACGUCGGUCAUAAGACGCCCAGUUCCGCACACGAAAGCCGCCUUGAGAGAGGAGUUUACAAAUUUCGUCCACAAAACGUUUGGUAGAAUCGACAUCGCAUAAGGAGACCAGACAAUCAUCAACGUAUAUACUCUGGUGAAUCGCUCGGCAACUUGACAAGGAGUAAGAGGAAACGAAAUCUUCAACAGUUUUUUGUAACGCAAAGGUGGCACAAAAGGGCGAAGAAGUCAAUCCGAAUGAGUGAGAUGUCCACUGAAACUCAACUGAGCUCGUCAUUUUCCACCACAAAAAUUUAAGGGAAGGUCGAUCAAUCGUGUCCACUUUCACUUGCAGGAACAUUUCCUUCAUAUCCCCUGCCACUGCAAUACACUCAAGUCGGAAAGCAAACAACACACUAAUUUAGCGUUUAGGUCAGGUCCUUGGUAUAGAUUGUCAUUCAGAGACAGGCUCUGACAUUUGGCAGCACAGUCAAAUACAACACGAUUUUUUUUGUGUUUUUUCGGGUGAUUGACAACGAGGUGGUGUGGUGAGUACCAGUGUCUCGUGACUCGAAGCGUUUUGUUGCCGUCAACUCGCUCGACGUAUCCCGUCUUCAAGUGCGAACGAAAUGUCUGCUCAUAUUUCCGAAGUAAUUCGGGCUCUCGACCCAACUUGCUCUUGAGAUAGAUUAGUUGUUAACGCGCCAACUGAAAAUUGUCUGUAAAUUCGGCGCACCGUUUCGCCAACGGAGAGACAGUUGGUAAUGCCCUUUUAUGAGUGUAACGGAGGAUCGCACAAUAGCCAGUGCCCGUUUAUCCUCCAGUCGUUGUUGAAGUGUCCGAAAUCUCCGAGUCGUACAGCUUCUUAAGGUUGUGCGUCACAUCAUUCUCUUGAUUUACAAUGCAGUGACAGAGAGCGUUCUGGUUUCGCCUGCCACGUGAAGAUACCAGCAGCAUCCAAACCAACAAUGUUUUCACGGCGAAAGGUUUCCUUUUGCCACCCAGACGUAUGUCAAGUACUCAAUGAGCUUCCGCAAUACCUUUCCCAAUGACUUUGCCAACUUCGUAAUCAGUGAACUCGUCGAACAUUAUACCGCUCAGGUGUGGUCACGAAGAGGCUAUCUUUUUUAUUGUCGAUUCUGCUCGGAAUGGCAAGUCCUCAACCACUAAAGCCCUUUCAAUCUCAACUGACUCGGUUCCAUUCAUGGACAGCACCCUUCGACUUCUCACUUGGCUGAACAUGCAAGGCUGAAUGCUCCCCUCCGCAGACUUUCUUGCCAAGAAUGAGGACGGUUUGAGGUGGACUGUAGCCCCAGUCUUGGAAAUUUGUUUGACCAGCCUAUAGCAAUUCUUCAGGAUUGUCGGCUAACCCAGUGCUGUCCCUCACUAAAACUAACAAUAAUUUACAGGCGUUUAUCCCUAAUGUGAAUUUUGGCGUAGCUGUUUGAGGUCAGCCGUCUGGAUGACUACACCAUCGUGCCUUUGCCUCUAGACGCGUCGGUCAGCAGAGGGGAAAGGUAAAUUUCAUAAGAUCCUAAAGGCAUGAUCACUGGCACAUGUCUGACCUCUCUCUGCUCGAAAAGUACAGGGCAAAUUCAAUGUCUUGCUUCUCGCUAGUUUACACUGCAUUUCCCAUGUCCGUCUUGGAUGUCAUACUUGAACCUGAGUGCUGGUUUCUCCAAAGCACUGUGCAUGCAAUCCCUUAAAGCGAAUUUACCCUUCUUCAAGCCGAUUGCAUUUAUUCAAGCAACUCCUGAAAUGAAAGACAAUGCUAUUAGCCUAACAACUGGCAUUUACUUUUAUUUGAUUUGCAGUCAUUUUUGCUUUCACGAAUUCUCAGUCGCAUGGCAAGUAUUACGCGUGCCAAUUAAUUAAAUCGACAUGGUAAAUACCUACUUGUUCUACCAUAAGUGGAGAAACAACAGAAUACGUAGGUGGGUUAACUCAUGAAAUGUCAACCGAAAUUCCGAAAUGCGUUUUCGUUUCGAAAAGAUUAAUUAAGUAGGUUUAUGAAACUAAUCAGUCUGCGGUAUAAUUCUAUAAUAAUUCCGUUACCUCAGGAAUUCGGCUUUCAAAUGAACUUCCUACCGGUUGCAUGCCGAAACAAUACUCUGUAAAAUAUGACUACGUAAAUAGGAUGCAUUUUCCAUUUAAUUUUCAAUGCCCCAAAAAAUCCAGUUAUAGUUCCUGGAAAACUUAAAUAAAAAUAUUCAUUUUUCCGCUCAUUCGUAAAACAAUUUUGUCUUCUUUUAAUUUCAUACUCGGAGGAAGGGUAUUAUUCGGUUUUUAAAAGCUUUUAAAAUUCCCGAAUCAUUUUGAACCCGCUCUGCCUUCAUACUUGCAUUCCGGGUUUCGAAACUGCAAGCUAUGUAUUUUUCGCGUACGCAAAAACACACAUUUCUCUACGGUGUGAAGAGGAGAUCAUAUGCGGUUCAUAAAAUUUAGCAUUGAAUUUGAUCCAUAUUGUUAACUUUACAAGCCACAUUGAUAAAUGCAGAGACAUUACGUUUUAUGAAUGGCCUUUGCACGGUAUUUAAAAGUCCCACAAUUAGAAACCUUUUUAAAACUGAAUUAUCCCCCUCCUUCGAAUAUAAUAUUGAAAGAAGACGUAAUUUUCUACCGAAUGAGCAAAAGAGUAAAUAUUUUUAUGCAUGUGUUCCAUGAGCUAUAAGUAGACUUUUAGGGGCAUUGAAAAUCAAAGAUAAAAAUGCAUGCUACUUUAGUAGUCAUUAUUUAAAGAGUAUGAUUUUGGCAUGCAGUCGGCAGGAAGUUCAUUCGAAAGCCGGCAUCUUGAGGUAACUGAAUAAUUAUAGAAUUUACUGCAGACUGAUUAGUUUUACAAACCUACUUAAUUAAUCUUUUCGUAACGCAAACGCAUUUCGGAAUUUCAGUUGAUAUUUCAUCAGUUAUCCCACAUUAAGGGGACUGUAGUGAUUACAGCUUGAAAAGACUCGUUCUUUUUAGGUCCAAGUUCUUAAUAAGUCUGCAGAGUUUGGCGUUUGAAAUAAUGGCAUCAUCCUAUUUUUGUUUUUCUACACCUCAGGCCGCUUGUCCGCUAGUAAGUUUGUUUAAAUUAUCCCUUCCUGCGGGUUAUCGCUACCGUAAUUGUGCAACGGAGUACAUAUGCAAGCAGUUUCUCUACAAUUCAAAGUAAAAAUAUGAAUGCGAGUCUCGUAUGUUCUGCAGCAUUUUGUUACAAGAAUGUCUAGACCACAUUUGCGAAAUCCCACGUGUGCUCAAGAAAACUAUUCAGUGUAUUAGUGAGGCAAGCUGCCUCAAUUGGUUUGCGACAAAUUUGCCCAGACACACUGACCCCAUACGCAAUCAUCUCGGUAUAAUUAGUAAAUUUUCCUAAAAGAUCCGUGGGCGAAAAAUUCCAUGACCGGUCAGGGUCGUAGGCAUAAAGGUCAUCCAAAUAAUCUUUAAAUAUCUGUGUUUGCAUGUACAACAGCAAACUCCAACCUAACAAGCAAUUGUCGGAGGCGAAGCAUGCUCUUAAGGUCGUUGUCUCUCGUUCUGUCCUUUUUGAUAAUAAACGGUGAGUGCUCAGCCUACUUGCUCUGCUAAAACAUGAAUUUUUCCAUGUUUCUUUUUUUCUUGCAUUGUGUGGAUCAUCAGCCGAAUGUGUUGGAUGAAAGCUGAACUGUCUGAUUUUUAGUAUGGUUCCAAAUUAAAAUUGCUAUAGUCAUACCCAUUGCCGUCUCUGUAUUUCGGUGUUGACUGUUGUCUUUUUAUAUAGCAUAUCUAGUCAAAUGCAUUUAAGAGCAGUAACACAUUUCCUACACAUACUUUUACGAUUUUGCUGUGAACGGGUUUAAAUAUUCAGUGGCGCACGAAUUUGCUUCUGUUUAGCAACAUUACCAUAUUUGCCAUCAUUCAAGCACACUGAAUUUCCGUCCUAAGGGGCUUUUUCCGCCCUUAUUCCUCUGCCCGGCAUUGGUCCCUCUGGAUUUUUCAACGCCUUGUCUAAACCCGCUAGUAUUUUGCCAUAAGCCAUUUAGGGAACGGAGGAGCAAAACUAAUAAAUCAUUACACCGCACUCAAAAUGCUUUAUGUGCAGUUAAGUGCUAUGUUCGAAUCCGAAAUUCGAGUCCCACUACACGCCUCCAUAUUAGGAUUGUGUAAACCAAUCUAUUUUUGUGUGCUUGUACUUUUCUUCAGCUGAAAGUUCUGCGGAAGACUCGUUCGAAGUCCACAACAUUCCGAUAUCUAAUGGGCCGUACACGAUCCCAGUCCCUGUGCUCACAGAAGACACAGUAAGCAUUUUUUUCUACUAUGUGUUCUGCCUUUCUUAUUCUAUCAUAUCAAUUUAUUUUAUGGAAAUUGACCAUUAUUAUAAAACUGAAAUUUAUUCUUAAUAGGAAAUUGCCUUUACAAUCGAUGAGGAGAAAUUCCUAGCUAGCGGCGGAAAUUGUCACUUGAACUCCUCGGUAGAAUUUCACUUUCCCUGCCCAGUGGAGUGCUGUAAGUUUAAAUCUGCUGAACUGUGUUACAGUAUUUUCGAAUUGUUGCGCAAAAGGCGCUAGCCGCAGUUUCUAAAGAGCAGCUAAGUUGAAAUGCAUUUGGAAUGUCUCAAAUAAGGUUCUUUUUUUCUUCAUCUUUUAGGCAAUGGUGCAUGCGUUCUGAAUAUUAAACUUCCCGAGGUUUCCUUUAUGGAACUACUGACCGCCAAAGUCAACGAUACUCACGAAAUUGUUUAUGUACAUGGUAAGGAUCUAACAUAAUAGUGCACAACUAACCAAUGUCAGGGGAUUUACACAUUUGCACACAUAUCUAAAUUACCUCUAGCCGAAUGUAAAUCAUAAACACAGUUGUAUUACCUAGUUGACAUUUAUAAUCGGUUCCCCAUCUAAGGUGUUUAAUUAUUCUAUCAGCGUACGCUUAGAAAGGACAAAUACCACCAGUAAUACGCAGUUAAUAUAAAGCUGUGAGUAAGAAACUUCCGGAAUUUCGUUCUUUACAGGGAUAUGUACCAGCUUUACUUUGCUUUAUCUCUUGAUGCAAAAAUUAGUUAAAAUUCAGUCCGCAUCCAUUUUGUUCUAACGUAUUUAACUUGCAAAAACAAAAAGGUAUUCAGUGUAUCAGCGAAGAUGACUACACACACUGAGACGAAUCAUAUCCCAUGUCAUUAGCAAGAAGAACUUUCUCAUGUACGACCUAGUUAAAUGCUUGAUAGGCAUGCCGUUGCCUUGGCGGACGGGAAGAAUUAAAACAUGUAUUUUUUAAAAUCGUUUCCAAUUUCAAUUUUACUCAUCAGGUAUGCUUGACAUAUAUGCCUCUUGAUAGACCGAGACGUGUGCGGCAGUCGACUUCCAUUCUACACCCAAAAGACCGGACCACUUAUAUAUAUGACACUUAUUCCAUGGUCCCCAGAGGUAAGUACAAUAAAUGCAAAAUAUCUCCAUGAGAAUAUAUGCUAUUAGUUUAAUACCUACAUCACAAACUGAUAAAGUUAUAACUGGAAGUUGCAUUAUUUUCAGUAUGUGAUUCUACAAGAAAAGUACUUCAUCGUCGAUGUAAACAACGGACUAUGCAGAUCACUGUCACUCGAUGAAACCUUUAGGUGUAAAGUUGAACAAGGUAUUUUAAUUCUCAGUGCUUGCAGUUUUCAUGAUUUGGAGGAAUAAUGAAAGCUACUGCGUCAUAAAUAUGUUCUUCUGAUGGACAUUUUGCAACGAAACGCAAACGCUCUUUUUCAAACAUAAGCGCAAGGUUUGCACAUAUUAAAUUUUACAGACACGGAAUGUCAAUCAAAAUUUAUAUUCCCCGAAUUACCGUUGAACAAUUACAUCCCCGAUAAGCAUACAUUUUCUCUAUUAAGAUCUCUGCAUGCCGGAGCAGGGUUUUUUAUGUCGAAUGAAUCCUCAGUUUGUUCGCUGAUUCAGUGACGUUCGUACAUAACCGAUUUGUCUUUUGCGUUUUCAGUUGCGAAUGUAUCCCGAAUCACGAUGUUCAUUUCGGAAAUAAGAAAUAUUACUGAAAUUCUUAUCGGCUUCAGAGAUCUAGACAUGCCUAACGACAAAUAUCAACUGAAUCUGCAGCACAUUUCAUCUGCUCAGUCAGGUAAUUGUAAAACUGUCGAGAAACCCGAAAUUAGCCUCUGGAAUGACAUAUGUUUCGAUAUAGCAGCAACAUAUUUUGCACAUCUGUCCUUCAGGCAUGUUAACCUUUGACAACAGCAGUUUUUCAAAUCUCUGCACAAACGAGUCCGAAGUGGAACUCGCGUGGAGAUUCUUGGGAAAAACAUCAGCAAUCAAUGCGAGCAAUGUAAGUAUGUAUUGAAAACCAAACUUCAUGCGUCACUCGGGUUUGGAAUCGUUUGAUGAGAGAAACCCGAAACAGUUCGGUUCAUAAUUUUCACAAAGGAUUUAAUUCUUCUUGCCCAGGCCCCCUGUUAUAUUUUAAUUUAAUUAUUUCCAACUCAAAAUCAACGGCAGUAGAGUUUUGUUUAAAAGUUUAAAUAAGUAUGAUACCCGGUAAACCUAAUGGGAAUGAUCAAUGUUAGUUUCCUGACUAGCCAGCUCGACGAAAGUGUUCUAUUAAAUAAUAUUGACUUUGCUGAUAUACUUAAAUCGUCCGUUACGAUUACUUUGAAUUUAUUUUCUGCCUCAGUAUUGUCGUCAAACCUAUUUACGAAAAUAUUCUGCAUUUAAGAUAACAUGCUACUCUAACGAAGAGCCCAUAUGUGGACUGUCGUCGCCAUGCGGUAAGCCAUUUACGAACUCGAAACCAUAAGCUACUCUAUGUUAAAUGACUUUAUGAACUUUUUUCAAAACCUAAGGGAGCCAUAUUGAAUGCUAUGUUCCUACCUCAGUACGUCUAAUUUUGCGCCGACAUCAGUUUUAGGGAACGAGGGAGCCCAUUCUCUGCUGAGAUACACAGCAAAGCGUGGACCGGAAAAUAUGGUUCUUUAUACAUGCUUGUAUAAAGAAAAUGAAAAUGUUGACCAAGUUACUUACAGGAUCUUUUGGCCAGGUACUUCAAAUUCGUACAGGUGUUAUCUGCCGGAAAACCAUUGAAAUAUAUUCUGUUUAACGGCUUUUCACGCAAGUGGAAACUGGAGUGCUGAUUUUUCAAAAACAAUUUUAAAUAAAAAUAUAUCCGAAAUUUAUAGGUUCGGACAGGUUUGUUGGCCAAACUGAAACCCUAACUGCGUCGUCCAACGAAGUGGAACUGGAAUGGAUCGUCAACCACUGGGGUCCACACGACUACCGGGUAACAAAACCCUUUCUUUUUUCGAGUAGGCUAAAGGGUAACGUUGUGGAUACAAUGAAGUUAAAUGACUGGCUGGAUGUGUUCGGUAUUCAUAAAAACAAAAUAUUUCCUUGCCGUUAUGAUUUAUGGCCAUACAUGGCAUAUUGCUCUGGCUUGCAGACUACAGCGUUGAGUUACUAGUUUGUGGAGUACUCUAUAUUAGCAUCCCAAAAUGACGUUAGUAGACUUUGAAAUGACAUAAUGUCAGUCUCUAAAACCGUUAAUUAUAGUAAAAAGAGCCGUUGGCGAGAAUCUAGAAAGUUAUAAGACUACUGGAAAAUUCGAAUUUCCGAAGAAAAAGGCGUUUCUGGUUUCCUAUACUUACACCUGGUUUAUACCUUAUAGUAAUCGAGAAUUACAAAAAGCAUGAAAAGCGUAUAAUAAUUUAACACCAACGCACAGAUAUGAAAAAUAUUACGGACUGUAGCCUUUGUUGGAAUCACCUGAUAUUUCGCUGUUCGGUAACCUAGAACUGAUAUUUAUUCGGUCAAUUGGUUACAAUUUGCCAGUACCACGUUUAAAACACAGAACACAAACUAAAACGAAAUUUUCAGUCAAUAAUUAUAUUUUUACGGUCAACGUAGAGAGAUUAAAUCCAAGGAUUAACACAGAAUUAGUGUUCCAUAUUGGGUGGGGAACCCUAAAAUUGAUAUCGGCUACUCAUUGUAGACACGGGAUACCAAACAUAAAUUUAAGCUUGAAGUUCAUCGCUCUGUAGGCCAAAAAAUGAAAAACAAUAUACUUUGUAGGUUCUUGCAAAUAGUUGCCUUUUUGCAAAAGUGAUUUUUUUAAAAAUUAUGGAAGGGCAAAGAAAACACUUAUUUUACGAAGGCAAAUUCAUUCUCUGCGCGUUCUACAAACUGUUUAAUUGAAACUAAAGUAAGCAAAAAAAUGCUUCCUAAGAUCGCCCAACUGUGUGGACCGCAUAUUUUGUGUGGUUAAUUUUCACAUCCUAUAUUCUGGGCUUUAUUUUUUCUAGAGAUUUGAGUGCUAUGCUGACGACCAGCUUCUGUGCUCCGGCCUCACAACCACUUCUGAAGAGGGAAUGUGCCGUAAGUGGCAUUUCAUUGACUUGGGCAAAAUUAAAGCUGUGCAGGUUAAACGUGGCGAAACACGCAGAAUUAAACGACUUCGUAGAUUUUCUGACCUGCUCACGAGCUCUGAACCUUCAUUACUGGUCUAUGCAACUACCGGUUCUACGCGAUCGCUGGAAGAAGAACUUUUUUGGCCUAGCGUUUGCAUUCAUCCUCGAACCCAUUAACAGAUCCCGGUGACCAAUGCGUAUGGGGUUGCAGUAUUUAUGGGACGUAGGCGCUAUGGAGCGCAAUUAACGGCUCUCUCCUUCAUCGCAGACUUUUUGAUCCCAAUACGAUAACUGUUUGAUGGCCGAAAAUCGCCUCGAUUUCGUCCAACAUGUUGGGUGUUUAAGUACUAAUUACUCGCCUAUUCGGUUCACUGCUACUGGGGUUAGAAACUACGCUUGGCUGCGCGCUCCCAGAGACCUAAUUGUCCUACCCAGUGUUAGUCUCUUAACUGAAUAUGUUGGGAGCAAGUCGCUGUACUUGUUAAUAGACUGGUUGCCAGUGAACCCUAAGUCAAGCAGUUUACGCUUCACGUUUUGUGGCGUCGACUAACUUGCGUACGUAGCCAAAUCCCACAAAGUGAUCUGCGACUUGGCAGCUGGGGUAAUUUUUCCUCACCGCUACUACAUUUUCGGCUAUUCGCGUCUACUGGGGUAAUUGCUCUGUUCACAACUACACCAGGCCCUACAAAAGACAAGACUCAAAGACUCGAAUGCUGUCCACCAAGGAGAUAUCGCACCAAUAGAAAGGGGGGGGGGCGUUCAUUUAGGUGCUAAAGCGGUGGCCUCACAAAGGCGUCCCCAAUUACUGCAACUUUUUGUGCAUGUAUUACCCGUAUCUGAUGCUUUUGUCGUUAGUGGGAUGGUCGACAAGACUAAGAUUCCCAGAUCAGAAGUCAGGCAAUAGGACGUGAACCUGGACUGCUUUUACUGCUGAGGAAAUGCGUGUAGAAAAGCUCUGCAUGCAGUCGCCGCAAGCGCGCUCUUCAAGCAAGUUUGACUUGUCUGGGUCCGCCGUCGAGGACCUCAGACCCAGCGCCUUUCGUUGUCCCAGCGUCCGCCAGCCAAUCAGAAGAGGAAUAGCGUUGAUUGACUUCGAGCACUCGCGAGGCUAGCGACAAGCCUCGUGCGUCCCAGCAGUGGCUGGACAUGGAGUGUGAGGCGGAUAGGGAGGCAGCGUGACAAAGCCGGAGGGCAAAGAGACUCGAACGGCCACACUUUCACUGAUGAUGGGAGGAGAGGUAACGUAUUCGAGGACAUUUUGAUUACGGCGAAACUCGUCAAUCGUAAUUCUACCUACGGAUUAAGAGACAUGAGUCUGGAAUGUGUGUAGUUAGGAGAUGGUAUGGCGCGACAAUAUCUCACCCUCUGACUAACUCCAUGACUGUAAAAAGAGGGCUACCCGUUCAUACAGACGAGACUUAUGAAUAACACUUGAGUCAUCCAGUCUUCGCUAGAAUUAGGAAACUAAAUUAUGACGUUUGAUCCACCGCAUAAUCACCUUUCACAAGACGUCCCGCUAUUGACCGUCAUGGCAUACUACUUUUUACUAUUAUCAGCAAAUUAGCGUGCGUUUAUAUGGCUGCGUUCGUGCAUUCGGUGUAUUAUCAUAGUUUAGUAUAGUCGUUGAUUUAGUUUAACGUGAAGCGCACAGGAAAGGCAAAUACGACAGCCAGUAACUGGCAAAACCCUCAUAGGGCUUAAGAACACCAACAUAGGCGACAGAUGUCCGUCCAGUUAUGCAUAGUCAUCGUGGUUUGAUCACGUUUGAAAAUUACUACCCCCUGAGGUGGAAACGGCCACUGACUUGUCUCUUUGGCACGGCUAUUUCCAGAAAAUUAACGUGUCUGGAAUAAGAAUAUUUAUAGAAAGCGCUUUUUGCAAACUCGUUUUCAAUGUAAAGGCUUCAAAGAAACUGAAUCACGUUGACGGUAGACUCACGGAAACAGAUUCUGCUAGUCCAACUGGGCAGUCAGUUAAGAAAUCAAGAAUCGAAAAGUGCACAAAACAUCCUUCUUAAUUAAUUAUCGAAUGGGUUGAUCUUUGGAGGAAGUCAGCGACUCGCCUAUAUAAAAGAAGGCUUAAAAAGUCACCCUGUUCUUCUUCUUAUACGCAGCGGUCGAUGCAAUGUCUGAUGCGUUUUAUGCGCCUUUUAGCCGGGUUUCGCCAUCUGCGGUGUUCAUAUCUGCAGCAAAAUCAUCAUAUAUAUAUGCGUCUUUGCAGCUGCUGUUAAACGUAUUACAUAUAAACUUUUUAAACAAGUCUCGGUUUAGGGAUAUUUGGCAGGAUAGGCACCAAUCAAAAUUCUAUAGUCACACCGUCGCCCCGCCCGCAAAAUUGUCAAUUAAACAACACACAUUCGUUCUUGGUGCUUUAGCACAGUAGCUCUCGCAGUUGUCAAUGCUCUAAUAAUGCUUCAGAUACACGGUAAAAUAUAAAUAUAAUAACUUGCCCAUGAAUGCGCUAGUAAAUUACCCUUGCGUGAUUGAUGACAUUUUGGACUUAUUCAGUAGACCUCGAUUUUUCUGAUCGUCUCAAGGUGAGAGAAUACCUCAGCGCGGGCAACAAGGCCGUGUCUAGGUGGUCCCACGUCUUAGAAUAUAACUGGCAGCAGUCCAUAAAAAUCUGGGAGUUAGCGAACCUACGGGACUGUGGCAUAAAAUAUUUUCAUUAACAAGUGAUUUUUAAUUCACAAGAUCGCAUUAUUUCGGAAUGCAUAAUUUUCUUUGAACCUGCUUUUCAUAGGAACGUAGCAGGGGUUCCUCAGUACUGUUGCUGGAUUAUUUGCGUAUUCUGGUUCCCUAAAAAUUGAAAGACUUUCCUUAUAUUAGAUUCGCGGACAACCAUGUGGACUGAUUUUCUUUUGGCAAUUCGGGUCUGCGAGAUGCUGUUCAGUCAGACAUGGCCGCUGAGCAACUAAGGAUUGUAAAGCAUUUCGCUCAACUUCUGAAACUGAGUUCCAGUUUCGCCGUAUCUAUUCUGCCUUGUUGUACACUAGAUGUGCGCUAGGCAGACUGGUUCAGCUUGUAUUUAAGUCAGUGUCAAAUUUGGCAUUUUCACAAUGUAGUCUUCUAGAGGUUACAAUAACGGGGAAUAUAUUGGUCAGCAGCUGUAAGAUUUGACCAGAUCUGAAUAAAACGAUUGUUUUGCCUUAAAUUACACAUGUUUCGCUUAGUUUGAGAACAUUGAAAUCAAGUACGCCUCACUGACAACAUCACAUGACUAAGUUAAUUUAACCGAGGUUUAACAUCACAAAUAUGAAAUUGCAUGCCUCUAUUUGCUAAGAGCUCACAUUAUAGCGUAUUUUCAGUGUUAGGAAUGAACCAUCUGGUAAGAGAAUGCUAGAUUGGCAAUGGAAAGCCCUUCCAUAACGUCUCUAGGGGCGAAACUGUUGUUUUCGUGAGUAAGGCUACGACUUUAUCUGACGAGGUAAAAUCUCUUAAGCGAGUUAAAAACUGCUUUCAUUACAAUUAAGAACAAUCUUAUUAGAGAAACAAGGAGAGAUUCUUCCAAUAUUUAUUUCCUAAAAUCUCGAUCGUCUUGCUAUGUAGAUGUCAACGAUUAUGGAGAAAUUUACGUUUUCACUCUGACUGCAUGGAGGAAACAGAACUCAGCAAUGGCGCGAUAUGUUUGUCGUACUGCGGCAGCUUUUCAAGAACGUACCAUAUUUUGGAAAAGUAAAGUUACUUUUUAAUUUCCCUUUAAAAAUAUUUUGCGUUCUUCAUAACUUCCAGUCUUUUGCUUUAUGCCGCUACUCAAACUUAUUAAAGCGCAAUCAGUUCUGAACACUGGUCUGCUUAGGGGUGACGGACCUAUCCCAUUCAUAUGACACAUGGCAGCCAACCUUUACAGAUUAGUCGGCUUAACAACUAAAUCUCAAAUGACGUUCAUCGAUUCUGACUAAUGUAUCUGCGAUAUGGAGACGUAUGCACAUAAGGAAUCCAUCCAAUACACUAAAUAAUUAUUGUCUUUUUUAAUGCUUUUUUCAGAUCAAAUCGGAAGCAAUGCCAAAGAAUACAUUCCAGGUUAGAGACAGUCUUUGCAUUGAUCCUUAAACGUACGAUCAAUAAAAGUCUGCUCUUGCAUAAUUAUCUAUUUGGCAGCCUUUAUGCUCUGGUAGGCAAGACCCACUAAUGUUUCAAAUUCAGCAAAGACGGUUCUUAAUCUUUAUUCCGCAGAGUACGUCAUUUCCAUAAGUGGUGGGAUGCUAAGCCAUUCAGUCGCGAACUACCUCAAAGAGGCUCAAAUAUCUUCCGAAAAUGAGGCGACUGAUGUCGUGAGGAUCUCUCCAAAGGCGACUUUUGAAGUUACAUGCUCCAUAACCGUAGAAAAUAGCUCCUGGUUAUGCAAUGUCUACUUUAAAAAGGCUGUGCUUCAACUGGUAAGAGUAGACACAGUUCAUCUUGCUAAACUGUCUUGUCAUCCUGUUUCUCUUUUUUCAACACUGUACUCUGAGAUUUGACAUGGACGUGUUGCACAAUUCAAUUCGAUCGUCACUGCGCGUUGACAAAGUUGGCGCAGAAAACUCAACAAUGACUCGUGGGUCUUGUUUCUUUAAAAAAAACUCGAAUUGUGGUAUUAUAGCUGACAAAAUAUAGAUGCGACCGCUGGAACAAGAGCUCUAUUCGCCUGACGUUUCGGAUAUAGAAUCGAACCCACCAUCAGAGACAGUGGCAGAAACCGAUGAUUUGUGCAAGGGAAGUUGCAUUAUUUAUAGGAUGCAGUCGCUAUGCCACUGCAUACCUAUGAUAAUUAACCGCUCUCCCCUUCAUCGAAAAUCGUUGCCAGCUGGUGCGCUAAUGGUUUAAAAACUGGCAUACAAAUUGGUGAAAUCUCAUUAACCUUUUUGGAUGUCGGCGUGAUGAUUGCUCGGUCAUCUGGCUCACCGACCUGCGCACUCUCCGAGUGGCUAAUAAAAUUUGACCCGACUAACUCUCAGCACUAGAUAUCGGGAUGGGGAUGUUAUUACACUUUCUGAUAGACUGAAGUCCCGUGUACCAUGUCUAAGGUAAUUUACGGCUCACGCAAGUAUUCCUCUCGUGAGAAUCGCAGUCUCGCUGAACUUUAAUGUGCGACCCGGUAUCAUCGAAUGGGCCAAGACUUGAGAGUUUGCAUUACUUCUCCGCACUGCUGUCGCCUAUUUGCGUGCGGAGUAGUCUUCCAGUUUCUCCAGCGUAUUUGUUUUGCCUUUAAGUGCGCCGGAUUCGCUAAACGUUUCCAAAUGCUUUUUGUCAUGACCGUGGGUCCUUGGGUUUCACCAGGUGACACUUAAUGUUUGCCUUCGAGGAGGCGAUUGAGACCUCGAGGACGUUUUUGAUGUAUUAUAGCUGAUACGAGCAUGAUUGUCCUUUAAUAAGGCAAUUUGUGAAAAACAUGUAUGAACGCAAAAAAGGAAUGCAACCAAUGAAGGGCCAAUUAAUCUUUCGGCACAGUUGUGCACUCAACUGUCACACAAUGCAUGCAAAAACAUUAUUUUUGGAGAAAGUAAUUAUUAUUCCUCCCGUCUUUAUUCACAAGAUGAAAACAGUCCUUCUUAGUAUGCUGUUUGACAUGGCGCUGUUGGUCUAUUUUAAAAAAUCACCUUCUGAUUCUCAGAAAUACCGAACGAAUGGCGAUACCGCGAAUCGUAAGAAGACGUACAUGAAGUGUUUUUUUAUAAAAUAGUGCUUGUAUGCCUUUUAAAUAAAGGCUUUAAACUGGAAUAGACCAUCAGCACGCUAUUCAGUGCGAAUUCACAAAAGAUUCACUAUACGGCUAAUGGUUUUUGCGCCCCAAAACAAUAUAUGUCAUUUCUGCUGAUACUAAAGCCAAACGGAAUGCCCAUUUUAAUGAGCUCUAACGCGACCUAUUUCUUCCGUUGUAGAACAAAGAAGUUUCCUUUUCUGGAAGCCUAUUCGAAGUUUCAGGGAAAUAUAAUGUUUGCCCUGAAAAUACUGACAGGAUCGAAAAUCUGCUCGAGCAAGAAGUUGUGGUAAAAUCGCUGACAGCCAAGAAGAUGAGCAACAAUGAGAAAUGGUUUAAUCGCAUUCUAGAAUUUAAUUUGGAGAGCAUGUUUGCUAAGGGACCGAGGCUAUCCUGCGGCGUAUAGCUGACACUGCAUGAGCAGGCUACUUUAUACGCAUGUUUAUCGUGCAUAUUUUGUAAGAUUUUGUAUGUUGGAUUCAAAAAUAAAAAGACCUUAAUACAAAAAGCAGGCUUUUAAAUUGAUCAUCACACAAGAGAACGUAGACAGGCAGCAGAGCUUAUAUUUUUAAGAUCUCUGUUUUUUUCUGGGAAAGGCGAAUGUUUCAAAUACACCAUGAAUUUGUGAAUCGAGCAGUUGCAUUUAUUUACUAUAAUGGUCUUUACCCGUUCCGAUAUAAAAGCCAGUGCGAAGGAGGAUCACCAGAUUCAUGUGGUUUUCACUGACCGCCAGGUGUGCUGGCUUUAAAUUGUCUCAAAGCUAUUUAAAUGCAUUCAUACGAAUGUGUGCCAUGUACGCGAUAAAGUGUUUGCCACCCUUUUGGCAAUAGUGGCGUCUGAAAGUGAGAUAGGCACUAUCAAUUUCAGUCGACGAUCCAAGGCAAGACAGCAUGCACUAAGAGACCAUCAGCACGUGUUUGAAAUAGGGAACUGCUUUACGGUAAUUGAAGGAACUUUAGGAACUGACGGCGGCGAAACAGGUAUCAUCGAAGUUUCAGUACUCUAUGAUCCAUCCUCUCUAAACCGUUUAUUAACUCUUCCGUAAAGUGAUCCUCGUUACAUUGCUGCAACAUUACAUGUCAAUUGGGCGUUUCGGGUUUGAUCCCCUUUUUCUGUCUAAAAGGAAGUUAAUAUUACAAGCGUCAGCUGCAUUACCGCCUGAACUGUAUACAUAGAAGAAAGCAAGAUGUAUAUAUGCUUGCUAAAUUUCGACACUGAAAUUUCAACAACAUAGUCAUCUUCACAUCUCUGAAUUCAUUGCUAACUAAGAGAGUAGAUUAUCGGCGGAAUUUAGGGUUGAGACUUUUGCUAGUCAAACGAUGAACACACAUCCAGUUCAAUUAUUUCACCCGUUUGUAUGCAACGUAAAGUAGCCGGAAGAACCAUCAAGAAGUCCUAAACACUGAAACCUAAAACGUCCCAAAGCAUUAAUGCGAAGUUCACGGGGUUAAUAAGUGAUUCAGGGGUUAGUAACACCCAUCGUUCAACGCCGCCCGCAUGCCGAGGCGUGUUAUAGCGUCGUCGGCGUGUUAUGGUCAUUGGGUCAAGGGGUCGAGGGGGAGGGGUGACAUAGGCUGUGAGUGAUGUGUGUUAGUCGGAUACUGCUAUCAGAAGGUUGGAGCGACGUGCAAUCAUCAUCUGGGGUCGGCGUUGGUCACGGAAGACACAGCGCCUGUGUCAACGUCUUCUGACAACAUAGCACUGGAUUGGCUAGCCGUAUGGCCACUGCCUCGGCUGUAGCUGGCACCCGUUGAAGUAGGCCUCUGGAGAAGCUUGCUGGUGUCCGGUAGACAACCUGAAAGUGUUCUUUGGCAUCGACUCGGUGAUUCGUAUCGAAAAGAUGUGCGAAAAUAGAAUUCGAAAUCUAUUUCCUUUCACAUCUGCCUAGCCAGGCCGGUAUGUUCACGUAGUCUCUUUUCUAGGCACCUCGUUGUACGGCAAAUGCUUCCCGCUUCAGUGAGAGGCACUGAAAUAGAAAUGUACUUGUUUGUUAAGUAAAGUUUAUAGGAACUUUGCAGAUAACCGGGAUUUGAGGGUGGUCGGUAUGAAGUUCGUGUUCAUACGAUAGGCAACUAAUAGUACUUACCUUUGUAGCACUAUUCGACUGAUUGCUAUCGGCCUUACUUGAAACCAGGCCGUGAUUUUAGCUGGUAGUGAUGCUGAUCGAAAGAUGUGCUGUAUACAUACCGUACUACGAACAUAACCGACGAUAAGCUUCCGCGAAAGCUUGUUUUGAUUUCUUGCGUCACCCACUCCGUCUCGUGGAUGCAGAAGAAUGUUUGUCAGGAAAUCGCAGUCUUAAAGCCACCUUAUCCGCAGGUCGAUUGUCGUCUUUGGCCUUUAUGGGCCUGCAUUUCAUAAACUGUCUACCGUUUAGUCAGCCGAUUCCACUUUUAACUCUACGGCAACGGCCUGUCCGUUAUCUCCAUCUGCGCUAUCUUCGGGCAUCCCUCAUUCUAAAUAAUGUGCAAAUAAGCCUAAUUUUCAAUCUUCUGGUUGUAAGAUUGAAAAAAUGUAUCGUCUUGAGGGCUGUUGCAUCGCACUGGCCAUCAGCGAUCUGUCCUUUCUCAACUGGAUGUGUAAUGAAGACAUGCAGGUCACGUUCGCUCGGUUGUCAUUGAGUAGAUACAUUUCGAAUGCUUUAGAAAAACGCUAAUAUGUUGGAACAUCAGCAUUCGUUCAACACGGAAACGCGGGACAAAGAAGUCGCCAACUUUCCUCCGGCUGUUAGGAUUAGCUACAGACACGGAACGUCAUUUAUUGCGUUUUGUUAUAUCAUAAGUUUUUGAAUUGAGCGCUCUUAUUAUGUAGCUGUAAAUACCUCUAACACAUAAUACAGUCUUUUUAGUGGUAACUCGAUUUUUUCGUUUAGAGAACGUUCCAGAACAUUUGAUAUUUAUGGGAUAAACGGAAUUAGUAACGCAUAGAUGUUGUUUUACUAAGUGGCAUAUGAAGGCCAGCUAAUCGAAUAGUUUCUUAUAAAAGUCGCCAUGCCUUCUAGAAAGAUGUUGUCAUCUUAAUAAUUCUGUUCACAUAUCCGGAGUGGCAUAGUUAUCCCCCAGCGAGUGAUGGUUGCCGUCGUGGCACCGAAGUACUAUAAUGGUUUGCUGACUGUCGAUGUCGAAUUCAGGUCGCGAUUUCAUUGAUCAUAAGCUAACAUUACACGGUCAGCAUCAGACGCCUAGCUGUCCCAUUAUUCGACUGGAUUCUGCCGCACAUUCUGCAAGACUUCAUUCAGGCAGACUUUUUUGAUGCUGGACACUUCAGUUGCGCUGGUGUUUAAAGAUUUCGAACGUCUACGUUCAGUGAUUACGCGAUUAGAGUCUAUAUGACUAUGAAUGGCAAUCGCGCCAUCAGCAUACCAUAAAGAGAAAAAAGCUAACAGUAUCAACUGUUUUCUUAUUUUGAUAUUGUCAGGCAGCCUGUCAACAAUGCCCUGUGUAAGCGCUGCUGCCCUGCUCAAUUUUCCGGUGUCUAUCUUUUCGUCCACGACCGCGGCAACUAAACUUAUGGUAGAUGUGCUACCCCGAAAAGUGGUGGUCCAAAUUCGCAAAUAUGCUUUCAAUUUGAAAAGAUUUCUUACGUAGGACUGCAAAAUGCACUUCUAUGCAGUGUGGUCCCUGAACAGGAUGUCGGCAUUUGAAUAAACUUCCUUUCGGCCGCCCGUAAACACGCUCUUCUUUAAAAAAUGACUACUAAAUAGCAUAAAAUUUUCCAAUUGACAUCUUAUGUUCUUAUAAGUCCUAGUAUACCGUAUAGGAAACAUAUGCAUGUACUCAUUUGGUAGUAUGCUGCGUCUUGUUCACAUUUUCUACUAGAAAGUGCAAAUAUUUCGAUUUUUAAAAUCCCCUUUAAUUUUAAAAUACCUUUUUGUUCACCAGUCGCUACACUUGAACUCGAGGUUUUUGAACUGCACGAUUUGUACAUUUCGCCAAAGGAAUACGACAGACUUAUCUCUGCUGUUAGGAAGGCGUAAUACAGGACUCACAAAAUUGUGGAAUGGCUGUUGACCCGACCGUAAACUUUUUGAGUGGCAUAAAUUAGCAUGCCGGUGGAAAGUUUCAUGAAUGAACUUCCCGCGAUCCUAAAAAAUCUCGUAUUUAGAAAUUAUUUCGAAACUACAUAUUCUCACAUCCCGGUUAGGAAAUCUGGAGAAUACGCGAGUGAGUAAGAGAACGAAUACUUUUGGGGACUUUUCUAUAUAAUAUAUUUGAAUUCAUCAGGGCUAUAAAAUCGAUGGUAAGAAUUAAUAUUAAAUAAGUAGCUAUUUUUUCAGAACGCAGUUUUCGCAAACGGCCGAAAAGAAGUUUAUUUAAAGGACGGCAUGCUGGCCUGGCUAAAGUAUUGUAGGAUCAUGCUGUACAAUAAUUAAUUAAGAAGUCUAUUUAGGCAAUCGUCCUGAAUCGAAAACAUAUUUCAGAAUUUCGACCAGCACUUCAAGAGGUAACACAUCUACCUACCGGUAUGACGCUAACUCAGGCAUGACCAGAGGCAUCCUUUGUCCAGCCAUACGCAACGAGGACUGUUCCCACGAAUAGACACGCUGGCACAGACACGUUCCUGUGUGUGACCCGCAAGCAAACUGCCAAUCUACCAUAAGCUGAUCUAUUUGACCGAAAAAAUAGCGUUCAAGGCUACAUAUAUUUCAUCACUAGAUAAGUCACAAGCUGACCCCUCCGCAGUCGCCACGUAUUGACAAAAUUGCAAAACUAAGAACGCAUUGCGGAUCAGAACAGCUGCGAAUGAACUGACCCUCUGUGUGCGUUUGAGGUCAAAACUCUGGCGGUGGGCUAGGGCUGCCAAGGUCUGGCCGUUUAGGUCAGCCUUACAGUUGACAGUUUCAUUUAUGGCUAUCUUGUCGCAUGCGAUGUGUUUGUACCGGACGCCAGACUAAAAAUGAUCUCAUACUGAUCACUACAAGCAAUCACGAUCAAUCGGUGCAUGUUAUUGCCAUGUGAGCCUCAGUGCUUCCAAUGUGCACUAAUUUUCAGUCUUAUUCAGUCUGCUCAUGAAAUUGAUGGCCGUUUAGCCGAUGCCCAUAUUAUUAAUAGAAAAUUACCAUUCAUUUUGGAGGGGAAUCAGACCUUUUAGUUAAGGUCCGAAGCACACAGCUGUGCGGACUAGUGGCGUCAUAUAACUCACUGAAGUACGGCAGAUGUGUUAACUCAACCAAAAUGUCAACCAAAAUUUCGAAAUGGGUUCUCGUCUCUAAAAUAUAAAUUAAGUAGUGUUGUAAAACUAAACAUAAUGCAGCAUAAAUCUAUAAUGAUUCAAUUACCCCAGGGUGUCGGCUUUCGAAAGAACUUAUUUUCGGCUGCAUGCAAGAUCUAUACUCUGCAAAAAAGUUAACAAUAUUGCAUGCAUUGAUAUUUUGGCAGAUUUUGAAUAAUUCAUAUUGACCCAUCUGUGAAAAACUCGGCGCCUCGGUGGGAUUCGAACCCACGCAGUAAGGGGGCAGGCUUUAGUACAGUCAGCGCUCUAACCACCUGAGCUACGAGGCCCCGCCGGACGACGCGAGUUUUAUCACACUUGGGUCAAGUUACCCGCCCGACCAACUGCAACGUCUGGAAUCCACCAAAUCUGAUACAGUAAGUUGACUGCCCAAGCAGGAUUUCCUACGUAAUUCACCUAGAAUCCACCAGAUGACUACUAGGCUCACGUAAUUCAUUGAUAUUUUGGCAGAUUUUGAAUAAUUCAUAUUGACCCAACUGUGAAAAACUCGGCGCAUCGGUGGGAUUGGUUAGGCGGGUAACUUGACCCAAGUGUGAUAAAACUCGAGUCGUCCGGCGGGGCCUCGUAGCUCAGGUGGUUAGAGCGCUGGCUGUACUAAAGCCUGCCCCCUUACUGCGUGGGUUCGAAUCCCACCGAGGCGCCGAGUUUUUCACAGCUGGGUCAAUAUGAAAUAUUGCAUGCAUUUCUCUACGGUGUUAAGAGGAGACCAUAUAAGGUUCAUAGAAUUAAACAGUGGAUUUGAGCAAUAUUGUUAACUUUACAAACCACAUUCGUAAAUGCAGAUACAUGACGUUUCAUGAACGGCCAUUUAACGGUAUUAAAAAAUCUCACAAGUACGAACUUUUACAACCGAAUUAUACUCUUCUUUGGAGUACCGAAUUGGUAAAAGAAUGAAUAUUUUUAUGCAUGUUUUCCAUGAAAUAUAAUUCAAUUUUCAAGGGCAUCGAAAAUGAAUGAGAAAAUUGCAUGCUACUUGAGUAGUCAUUUUUUGCAGAAUAUAGAUCUUGCAUGCAGCUAAAAAUACAUUUUUUUGAAACCGACACCCUUAUGUAACUGGAUCAUUAUAGAUUUAUGCUACAUCAUGAUUAGUUUUACAACACUACUUAAUUUAUCUUUUCGGGACGAGAACGCAUUUCGAAAUUUUGGUUGACAUUUCAUGAGUUAGCACACCUACUGUAUCAUUAGCGGUUAUACAGUAUAUAAUGCUGACUUCGUUUUUAUUUUAAACAGACACGCUGUGUAUUGCAGUUAUACGAUAAUGUAGGAUAUAAAAAACGAUGCAUUCAGACGCCACUUCAAUUUAUUUUCAGAGGAUGUGAGAUUGGUACAGAAUGACCUUGUGUAUUUAAAUUUACACCGAUGUUGAUUUGCUUUUGGAAAAAGUUGUAAAUUUGGCUGAAUAUGGAUAUCAUCAUCGUAAAGCGCAUUAGACAAUAUGAGAUACGCAUAUUUUUUAAAUGGAUCAUGUGUCCUUGAUUCAGCGUGUAAAUACAAAAUAUAUGUCUAAGAAAAGGUCACUUUCUGGUUUAAAAUAUUCUUUUACUAUGAGGUAUAUUAGAAGCGUGAAAUGUCUAUUUGAAAGGCACAGCCUGCGUCCAUUUAUUAAUGCUGCCUGUAAAGAAUUCAGAGGGAUCUGCAUCCACUACGAAAUUUAGUAAACCUUUUAUGACGUUUGUCUAACAGUGUCUGUAACUGCGUGAUUUUUUUCACACAAAUAGCAUACAGCCUGUGGUUUGGAAAUCUUAAUGCAAGUGUAACAGUAAGCCAUGUUCAAAAUUAUUUCCGAAUCAAAAAAGUUUUUCGAAACCAAAAAACACCAUUUCUUUAAGUAUAUAAUUUACAGAGACGAAAUUCGUAAUAAAUGGGCACAAUAAGGAAUAUUUAUUCGGCCGUAUGUGGCGAAUCUAUUUUUAAUUUAUAAGUGCAUUGAAAAUCAAUGGGAAAAUGUCACACUGAUGAGGAAGCCUUUUUCUCACUGAGUGCUUUUUAAGCCUGCAGCUGAGAUUGGACUCGCUCGAAAGCCGGCAUAUUGGCGGAAAUAAAAUGCCUUACGAUCGUCCUGCACGAUAAUUAACAUUCCAAACAACUGAAGCAAUCUUCUCCGACCGAAAUCACAUGAUUGUUUUCUGGUGGACAUUUCACUUGAUAGCACCAAACAAUGGUCUCCUAAACAGCGAUAACUAUCAGGCUCCUAAAUGCUUGUUGUAAACUAAGCAGGACCAUGUGUCUAUCAAAUCGAUUACGAAGCAUGCUUCCGCAGUUGGGCUUAAGGGUUAGGUGAGCAGUCUCGUAGACAGUCGAGCAACGAUUAGUAAUUUAAGCAGAUGAAGAUAGCCGCCAAAGACAAGGCUAACUGGGAGGGUCACAUCUGGCUAAAGGCCGUAACGACGCAUUCUUAUCCAAAUCCUUGUUUACAGCCCAUGAACCCCGAUCUCGUGUCCCGCUGUCCAAUGACCAUCAACAUGUACUACCCGGACAGAAUAAUUGCCCGUUUACCACAUGCGGUAAGAACCCUUCUUGAUUCUUGCAUUUGA